AUGAACGGAGCAAGGAUUCUUGAUGAGACAAGCCCGAUCAGAAAGCGUAAAACUUAUAAUUUUCGCACCAUCAAGCACUCCAAAUUUUACAAGUCCCUAAAGCAUCUCCCAGAGUUGGCAUCAUCAAAGCAACUGACCCAUGAUGCUAUAUUUCGAGAAGUUCAAGCUGAAUUUAGACAAGUGAAAUCUGAUGUGGCAAGCAUAGAAAGUUGGGUUGCGAAGGACCUUUCGCUUGAAACAAGUCAAAUGAGUAAAAUUGAGCUCAAGCUCAAAUCAUCACUAAAGCGGUUCAACCAUCAGUAUAAAAAAAUAUCUCGAAGACGAGCGGCCCGGGAAAGUCAGGCCCAAUCACAGUCCGAUGAGUGUACCAAAACAAUCGCAGUACUUGAAAAUGAUCUUCGCCUGCUUCAUGAGCAAGCAGACAGUUUUAUGCGAAAAGUGGCGAGCAAAGAGAGCGAACUUCCCGCAAAGUACAGGCUGCUUAACAAGCUGUCUUUCAAUAAGCGGCAUUACCCCUUGCUACAUGAACUUCUUGAAAGUCUCUCUCCAAUGCCUGUUUCUCCAGAGGACCAACUGACGCGAAGUUCUGAUAACAGCAUAUCUGCACUAGAAGACAGCUUCCGAGAUAUAUCAUCUAACCUGGAAGCCCCUAGCCCUGACCCAAUUGAGGUGCCAGUGGACACUAACAAUCGCAGGCACGAGGCUACAAGAAAGUCGCUUUUCAAUCCAGCAAGUACGUCAGGAUCAGUGAUAUUCCCGCCAGAUAUCAUAUCCGCCCGUAAAAUCUCAACCGCUUCCCCUGCGUUGGUAAGUACGUCGUACCAUCAAGCAACUCGAUCUGACUUUGGACCGGAGUUCACAGGGCGAAGCGAUACGUCAAGUAGCCUACAUAGUAAUCUAAAUGUCCGAAAAUGA